UGCCUGUUGUCGAAAAAUAGUGAACAUUUUUCCUUCGUAAGACAGAAUAAUCGAAACGAUGAAAUUUAACAUCGAACGUACUACUUCUUACAACAGUAUUCAUCCGGCUUACCAGUACACCGAACAAUUUGAGAAUAACGUAGAAUCCUAUCGCGAUGGUACCAAGUGGUUCGGGAUUUUCCUCGCCUUCAUAUCAGGUGCUUUCUUCACCGUCAGCUCGGGCCUCGUAAAAGCCAUAAGGAAUGUCGAUCCCAUGGUUUUGCUCGGCAUCAGAGCGUGUCUUCAAAUGUUCGUCAUGACUAUCUGUGCAUGCAGAGCUAACCAGAGUCUCUUUGGACCAAAAGGCUCCAGGAUGCUUCUCCAUCUGCAGGGGGUCGUAGGAGGCGCAACUCUGGCGCUUUUGUACUACAGCUUCCGGAAGCUACCUCUCGGUGACGCAACGACCAUUAUCUUCAGUUCUCCAGUCAUAGUGAUCGUCAUGUCUUUCCUUAUUCUUAAAGAGCCUUGUGGAUUUUUGAGGGUCGUUGUGAUUUGUGCUCUGCUCGCUGGAGUCGUUUUGGUGUCGAGGCCACCGUUCAUUUUCGAGACUCACAGAGAAAUUCCUUACGACGUGAUGGGUUACGUGUUCGCGAUCCUGGCGACGUUUUUCACAGCACUGAACAUCGUGGUGAUGAGAAAAUGUUCGGAGAUCCAUUUUUCCGUUCUAGUCUUCAAUCUAUCAGCGUGGAUAUUGGGUUCGGCGAUACUUUUCUUCUUCCUGGUUUCGGAGGCUCACCAGCACAUAGAAAUGUUCCCCCACGACUGGGUGACCUGGGCAUUGAUAUUUUUGGUCGCGACAACGGGUCUCUCGGGUCAAGUUUUGGUGACGAAAGCGUUGAAAAUCGAAGGUGCAGGAAAAGUAUCGGUGACUCGUUCCCUCGACAUAAUUCUCGCUUACAUAAUUCAAGUUUAUUUUUUCGGAGAAGUGCCUACGGAGACGAGCAUCGUCGGCGCCGUAUUGAUUCUCGCUUCGGUCGUGUGCAUGGGAUUCGAAAGAGAAAUUUAUGGCUUUUGCGAUUUUAUUCCAUAAGCACUGAUCCUCGUGCCUGAAGCCUCAUUUCUCCAUCAUCCGCGCGCGUUCGUCCACUGAAACAAACGAAAUCGACGUUUUUAAAUUCGAGUCGGUCAAUUAAAAAUCGAGUCCAGCUCCAACUUCUGAAAAAAUUGAUUACACCUCGAGGGUGAAAAAAGAAUUAUGAUAAUUUGUAAGAUCCGGCGACAGGGAUCAUUUUCUAAGCGUACCAAAUCGCUGUCACAUGUCAAUGCAUCACGAAUUCAACUUACACCUGCUGUUAUAUCCCUGCGAGAUUAGUUGUUCAUCUCCUUUUCUAUCUCUUAAACUGCUCGGCCUCACUCGAUCGACAAUUGCGAAGGUGCUUCUUCAGUCUCGUCGAUAAUUCACGAAAACUUCGAAAAAAUACUUGUAGGAAACUGUAUCAGGAAAAAUGGUGUAGCUCUAAAAAUAAUCAUUUGCUUUCUUGUCUCUGAAAAUCCUCUCGAAACUUCGUCACUUAUCGAUUAAUGAUUUAUUCAAAGAAAAAUACAACUACGAUAAACAGUAAAUUGCGUCAUCAUAUACCACGUGUCUCGAUAAUAUGUACACUUUGUCUACUCCCUAAACGGUUUUCCAUUAUAUUUUCCUCUUUUUUCUCAUUAUCAUUCUCCAGCUGAUGAUCCAUUCUUGUAUAUUGUUUAUUAAUAAUAAAGAUAACGAUGCCAGAAAUUUCUGGCUCCAUCGAUCGUCCUA